GUGAAGCUGCUCAAAGAUCUUUCAGCUCAAAAUGUCUACAGAAAUUCAAAGUGUUGAAGAUUUCAGGGUGAAAUACAGCAGAGGGUCCCAGGAGGAUGGAGGAGUGAGAGAGCAGAGUGAGGUGGAGGUGUUAGAUGAUGGAGAGCAGCACCCUGACGUUGGCCUACAAGAAGCUGAUGAACACUUCCAGAAGAACGUUCCAGCUUCAACAAGAAGCUGGCUCAGAGUUUUUGAAGUAAACCUGGGAGUGCUGUAUCUUCUGAUGCUGGCUGGAAUCACGACACGCUAUAUUUUAGUCACUUUGGACAAAGAGCAGCUGCAGAACAGAAACAAUGAACUGAGCAACAACUUCAGCCUUCUGGCUAAUCACUCGGGUCAGCUACAGGAAGAGGUCAAGCAGCUCAAAGAAAAGAUGGAAGAGAAGUGUCCCGAUCGAUGGACAAGAUUUGGAAGCAGCUGUUACUUUAAAUCCACUGAGGCAAAGCACUGGCAAGAGAGCAGGAGAGCCUGUCAGGAUAAAGGAGCUGAUCUGGUGAUGAUAAACAGCAAAGAGGAACAGGAAUUUAUCAAUGAACUGAACAUGAGAGGAGAGUCCUGGACUGGUCUGACAGGCAAACAGACAUCAGGAGGAUAUAAAUGGGAAUGGGUGGACGGAUCAGCGCUGACAGAAACGUUGUGGGCACCAGCACAGCAGAGUACGAGUUAUGAUUCCUAUGGAGUCUGCUGUGAUGAUAAAGGGAACUUGAAACAGGCAGUUGAACAUUAUGUUGGUUACAGCUCGAAGACCUUCAUCUGUUAUUUGGAAGUUUGUUACUUUUUGAGUAACGCCGUCGCCUGCAGCGCCACCUCCUGGGGCUCCCACGCCGGCGCCUGCAGCGCCAACUCCUGCGGCUCCCACGCCAGCACCUGCAGCGCCACCUCCUGGGGCUCCCACGCCGUCGUCUGCAGCGCCACCUCCUGCGACUCCCACGCCGGUGCCUGCAGCGCCACCUCCUGCGGCUCCCACGCAUGUCCUCAUUGCGGCCGGCCUCGGGACCUGCUCUAUCGCCAUCACUGGCUUUGCGAUCUAUCAAAGAAGGUGAGAAACAGCAGAAAGGAGGAUGGAGCAGAGUGGGAGCAGAGGGAGGUGGAUAUCUAUACUACGUGUAUCUACGACAGUGCAGACUUUGCUCACACUGGAAUUCAAUCACAAGGAGGAGGAAACUCUUUGAGGAUCGAGGUGGAAGAGCUUAUGAGGAGGCAGGCCAAUGAGUGGGCAGCAGAGAGGCUGAUCAACCCCUGUGAGCAACCAGAGAUGGGUGGAUGA